UCAGAUGACAGUCGGCUUGGUCAGAAAGUUAGAAGCGUUUGGUAACGCUUGGUCAAACACAAAGUGCUGGUGCUUCUUGUGCGCACGUCUACCAUUUCUGACAUAGGCGCUGUGUAGCCCCCCCUCCCAGCAUCAUCGGAUUCCUGCGACGUUUCAUAAAUGCUCUGAAUCUCUUGCCUCCCUUUCUGUCACCGCAUAUCCAGGACGCCGUAAUUCUGGAAUAAAGUCUCCACCCAUCACCCCCUUUCGAUUCUCUCAGAUACCCUGAAAGCCAACUUGGCCGUCCUUGCACUGAGUGGCAGCAGCAACCGAAGGUAAAUCAGCCAAAUGUCAGAGCCUUGCUUGUCGGUUGUCUCUGCGCUGUCUUCUCAGCCACAGUUGCAUUUGCCACCUGCCAGUGCUCGCGUGAGAGGUUUGGCCGAAGAUGCACGAAAGAACAGACGAAGAGAGCAGAACAGAAGAGCGCAGGAAGCUCACCGUGCAAAGAGGCUUGCGCGACUGCGAGAGCUCGAGGAUAUGGUGCAUGAAUACGAGCUACAGUGUCGAAACAAAGACCGUCAGAUCUACGAGCUCCAGCGAAAGCUUCGCACUUCGAGUCAGGCCGGAGAUCAGCGCGAGUGUCUUGAGCGAACGACAACAACAAUGAUUCAGCAUCGAUGUGGCACCAAGGACGAUCCCAGGAGGCGUUCGCAAGACCAGCGCUUUGCUUCCUCAGUCGAGCAUCGUCUCGCCCUCUCCGACGCGGUCACGAAUGAUAAAAAACAACCAUUAUCACGGUCAAUGCCAGUCGGGCCGUCUCGCAGCAAUGGCGAAGGACGCUAUGAGGUACUCGACCGUAUGCUGCCUGUGCCAUAUACUGUUUCAAGACCAAGCGACUCGCCGAACGGACAGGUUACGCUGUGCCAAAUUGCGGACAUCCUCAAGGAGGAGAGAUCACCCGGCGUUGAGCAAAAUCCAAAAACACCUUGCCGCAGUAAUACAUGCUCACAUCUCAUAGCUCUGGGUUCUUCGAAUGAGCAGUCUCUAUCCAUGCUAGCGGCAGCCGCAGUCUCCAUUGAACAGUCGGGAGGGCAGCCGUCACGAAAAGACAGCUUGGGCGCGCAAGACGCACCGAUGGAUGAAGACUCUGCGGGAUCUCAAGAGGCUGGGGCAAAGAAACUGUAUGUCAACGACGAGUCAAGCUUCCACCCUACCCCCGCCACGGUGCCAUCGAUGCCACUUUCGAGUCGCAACACUGCCAUGUCUGCUGCACUCCCUAUGUCAACGCUUCUCCCCUGGCACAAGCGCAAGCAGCAGCAAGAUCAUGUGGAUCAACGUUCUCCGCUAUGCCUCCACUUAGCGCCUCUGAACAGGUCAAUUUCAUCCUCCUCGACCUUUUCCGAAACCACUGUUUCGCACUGUGCUACCACGAGUGCCCCCGAAAUGGCUUCUACCGCGACGGCCAUCGGUCGCAUGCUUUCACCACCUGCACUUCCAACAGCACCAUCACUGUUCCCGCCGUCGAAGGAAAGGCUUCCAUCGCUGUCUCAAGCUCUCUCCGCUACGAACUGGCACCCCCACAGUUUGAACCACCAUCCCUCGUCGUGGCCGCCUGUCGUGUCUGCUUUCGCGGCGCAUCCACAUUUGAUGGCUUCAGUAUCUUCCAAUUCCAUGUCUUCGUCCUGGUCGCCGCCACCCUCGUCGGCAUCUUCGUCUCCACCUUCAUCGUCGCCGGCGUCGUCAUCACCAUGUUCGUUCACGUUGCUUGCUACGAAGCCUGCGCUCGCGCAAUCACCGGCGUGCCCUUGAAUGCGCCUGACCCAGCAAAGAGGGAGUGCGCAUGGACCAUUGUCCUUUGAGACUCAAGACCCCAGCUAUUUGGAACGGUUCUACUUGAAUCAUGCAAUGCUCUUCCCAGCAGCUCGAGAGGCGAGG